GAACUCUGGGAAUUUGAGUGCAGAGUCCUAAAUAAUUGAAGCCCUCUCAAAUCGUGUCUUUCUCCACCGCGAACAAAAUAUGCCGGCUGUACAUCACAAACUCCUUCUGGAGGAAGCGCUGCAGGACAGCCCUCAGACUCGUUCCCUGCUCAGCGUGUUUGAGGAGGAUGCGGCGAACCUCACUGAAUACACCAACCAGUUGCUGCAGUCCAUGCAGCGAGUGUAUGGAGCUCAGAGUGAGAUGGCUUUGGCCACAGAGCAGCUCUCCCAGCAGCUUCUUUCAUACGAGAAGAAAAAUUUUGCCCUCGGGAAAGGUGACGAAGAAGUAAUCGGGACGCUGCAGGACUUCGCCAAAACAGUAGACGAGCUGAACUUGCUCCACUCAGAGCUCGCCAACCAGAUGGCCGACACCAUGGUCUUUCCCUUAAUCCAGUUCAGAGAAAAAGACCUUACAGAAAUAAGCACGCUGAAGGAAAUAUUUGGCAUUGCCACUGACGAACACGAGGCAGCCAUGGUCAAAUACAGCCGUCUACCGAAAAAGAAGGAAAAUGAGAAGCUGAAAGCCGACCUGGUGAAAGAGGUGGCGUACACCCGUAGGAAGCAGCAUCAGGCCUCGCUGCAGUAUUACUGCGGCCUCAAUGCCCUGCAGUACCGUAAGAGGGUCGCCAUGUUGGAACCCAUGCUGGGAUACACGCAGGCACAGGUACAUUUCUUCAAAAAAGGUCUGGAGCAUGUGUCAAAGAAGAUGGACACUUUCCUCUCCUCUGUGUCCAACAUGACUCAAAAUAUUCAGGCUCAGCUGGACGCCGAUGCGGAAGCCAUGCGAGUGUCCCAGAAGGAGCUCCUGUCUGUGGACGACUCUGUCUACAUGCUGGACCAGGACUCUGAGCCAGUCAACCGCACUCUUAUCCAGAAGGCUGGUUUCCUCAAUAUCAGAAAUAAAACAGGCCUGGUGACCACAGCCUGGGACCGCCUCUAUUUCUUCACGCUAGGGGGGAACCUCAUGUGUCAGCCCCGGGGGGCAGUGGCCGGGGGCAUGGUGCUGGACCUUGACAACAGCUCUGUCAUGGCCAUUGAGUGUGAAGACCGACACUACUGUUUCCAAAUCACAUCGCCAUCUGGAAAAGCGUCCAUGACUCUACAAGCAGAGAGCAAAAAGGAAUACGAAGAAUGGAUUUGCACUGUCAACAACAUCUCCAGACAGAUCUACCUGACCGACAACCCAGAGGCCGUGGCUAUCCGCUUGAACCAAACUGCCAUCCAGGCCGUCACGCCCAUCACCAGCUUUGAGAAGAGGCAGGAAGGCUCACCUGACCCUGACAGAGCAAAACCAGGAGGCGUCUACACCACCAGUGCCGUGUCCCAGAAGACGGGAGCCGCCCCGGAACCAGAAGACCUGAUCGCGCCUGGGACGCCCAUCCAGUUUGACAUCGUGCUGCCCGCCUCUGAAUUCCAGGAUCAGAACAGAGUGGACGGGAGGCGCACAAAUCCAUUUGGAGAAAGCGAUGACGACUGUUCCGGUGAAAGCGACGACGCCCUCUUGCAGCAGGUGUUCGCCGUGCGCUUUCUGGGCUCCAUGGCGGUGCGCUGCGGCGACAACCAGGAGGUAAUAUACGAGGCCAUGAGGCAGGUGCUGGCCGCCCGAGCCAUACACAACAUCUUCAGGACCACCGAGUCCCACCUCAUGGUCACCAGCAGCUGUCUCAGGCUGAUUGACCCCCAGACUCAGGUUACAAGAAUAAGUUUUCAGUUGCGGGAGGUGUGUCAGUUUGCGGCUCACCAGGAGAACAGCAGGCUGAUGGGCUUUGUCGUGGAGGGUCGAGACUGGAGCGACGGCGGCCAAGACGGCGAGCCUUCAUUUAGCGCUUUCGUCUUCGAGAGCAACACCGAGGGCGAGAAGAUCUGUUACACCAUGAGUCUCGCUAAGGACAUCACAGAAGCCAAGAAGGACCCUGUAGCGCUGGCCCAGAUCAUGAAGAACAUGCCACUGACCAACGACGGCAAAUUCCUGCUGCUGGAACCUGAGAGCAGCGACGCUGCCGACGGGGAAGCACUAGAGGACCUGGAAUCUGAGGCCUAGAGGCUGAAACUCAACCGGGACCAAUCCAGGAAUGAAUGAAGGUCUGAUCAUAACGUUUUUUGACCGUGGAACUGCAACAUGCUCGCUAAUAAUCAUAAACAUAAACGGCAGAAACAUAAACGUCAUAAAAAGCUGUGAGGGCUCAAGUUCUAAAGUUCUGCUUUUCACUUUCAUUUUUAUGCAUAUUGGCUCAACUGGAGUUUCAUGAAGGAUUCACUUGGUCCUUUUUAGCAACUGUAUUGUUUGGAAUGUAGCGUUUACCGUAAUUCCUCUCAUAGUAGCCCCCAGGAAAAUGAAUCAUUGGCCAAAAAAUACACAUCAUGUCAAAUCUCUGCCGCGCUUUCACUUUACAUCUGUAAAACAAAAUGAUUAUCACUCAUUUGUGAAAAUGGCAACACGUAUAAAUAAUGAAUGUUGUCUUAUUAUUGCAACUGUAUUAUUUAAAAAUUAUACCUACUGCAGUAUAUUUUCAGUAAAAUUAUCACGUUCCUUUGUAUUAUUAUGCCUUUAGGCUUAGAAAAUUACAGCAUUUUUUUCUCAAACAAAAUGAUUUCAUUAUUUAAACUUAUUUGUUAAGUAAUAAUUAAUUCAUAAUUAUAAUGAUAUUAUUAUAUAAUAUUAUAUUUUUGUAUAAUCAGGAAUUUCCUCCUAAUAUGACUUCAUUCUUAUGAUACUUCUAUGAAAAGAUGAUUUAAUAUCAGGCAGGGUCGUAACUACCAUUCAGGACACGUCAUCUGUGUUUUAUUUGAAGCGACAAGACAAAUGAUGACGUGACAAAUAUGGAAAUCUACUUGGUGGCAGAACAUCUUCUCUCAAUAUAGGAUCUUUGGUCAUGCACAGCUGAACCCGCUACGUUGUCGGUACGAUAUUGUCACGUCAGUUAAAGUAGAAGGUUGGGAGUUCCAAAGCAUGUUGAAGUCAAGUUUCUAAACUUAUGUUUUAAUGAUGUUGAUAUUGUUUAAUGUUCUUAAAGGGGAAGUGCACUUGCUGGGCAAUUUUGCCUAUCGUUCACGAUCAUUUUGAAAGACGACGAUAGAUGUAUUUUUCCUAUCCAUCCAUCCAUCCAUCCAUCCAUCUUCUUCCGCUUAUCCGAGGUCGGGUCGCGGGGGCAACAGCCUAAGCAGGGAAACCCAGACUUCCCUCUCCCCAGCCACUUCGUCUAGCUCUUCCCGGGGGAUCCCGAGGCGUUCCCAGGCCAGCCGGGAGACAGUCUUCCCAACGUGUCCUGGGUCUUCCCCGUGGCCUCCUACCGGUUGGACGUGCCCUAAACACCUCCCUAGGGAGGCGUUCGGGUGGCAUCCUGACCAGAUGCCCGAACCACCUCAUCUGGCUCCUCUCGAUGUGAAGGAGCAGCGGCUUUACUUUGAGUUCCUCCCGGAUGGCAGAGCUUCUCACCCUAUCUCUAAGGGAGAGACCCGCCACACGGCGGAGGAAACUCAUUUCGGCCGCUUGUACCCGUGAUCUUAUCCUUUCGGUCAUGACCCAAAGCUCAUGACCAUAGGUGAGGAUGGGAACGUAGAUCGACCGGUAAAUUGAGAGCUUUGCCUUCCGGCUCAGCUCCUUCUUCACCAAAACGGAUCGGUACAACAUCCGCAUUACUGAAUACGCCGCACCGAUCCGCCUGUCGAUCUCACGAUCCACUCUUCCCUCACUCGUGAACAAGACUCAUAGGUACUUGAACUCCUCCACUUGGGGCAGGGUCUCCUCCCCAACCCGAAGAUGGCAUUCCACCCUUUUCCGGGCGAGAACCAUGGACUCGGACUUGGAGGUGCUGAUUCUCAUUCCGGUCGCUUCACACUCGGCUGCGAACCGAUCCAGUGAGAGCUGAAGAUCCCGGUCAGAUGAAGCCAUCAGGACCACAUCGUCUGCAAAAAGCAGAGACCUAAUCCCGUGGCCACCAAACCGGAUCCCCUCAACGCCUUGACUGCGCCUAGAAAUUCUGUCCAUAAAAGUUAUGAACAGAAUCGGUGACAAAGGACAGCCUUGGCGGAGUCCAACCCUCACUGGAAAUGUGUUCGACUUACUGCCGGCAAUGCGGACCAAGCUCUGACACUGAUCAUACAGGGAGCGGACCGCCACACUCAGACAGUCCGAUACCCCAUACUCUCUGAGCACUCCCCACAGGACUUCCCGAGGGACAAGGUCGAAUGCCUUCUCCAAGUCCACGAAGCACAUGUAGACUGGUUGGGCAAACUCCCAUGCACCCUCAAGAACCCUGCCGAGAGUAUAGAGCUGGUCCACAGUUCCACGACCAGGACGAAAACCACACUGUUCCUCCUGAAUCCGAGGUUGGACUAUCCGGCGUAGCCUCCUCUCCAGUACACCUGAAUAAACCUUACCGGGAAGGCUGAGGAGUGUGAUCCCACGAUAGUUGGAACACACCCUCCGGUCCCCCUUCUUAAAGAGAAGUAUUUUUCCUAAUGCAUUCUAAAUAUUAAAUAAACAUAAAUAAAAGUCAGCUUACAGCAGAGCCAAUGGGAGGUGCAUUAUUCCGCCCAUAAAAUCCAAUAACUAACUAUUCAAAAAGCACCAACAAAACUACAUUUACAUUUUGGAGACUUGAAUAUUACCAAGUAUUAGUGAUAUUGUUAUUAUGAGCGCUAACACAGAUGCGCUAUUUAUAGUGGCGACGUGAUCACUUCUUGUGUGUCUAUGUUUACAUCAUCGAGUAAUCUGCUGUUUCAUCAUGCAUCUCAUCUGGAACAGUAGAUGGCUGAGGAUAUAAUCUGACAAGAUGGGACACUUAGCCAGCUGUUGCGGACCUGGAACUGGUGUGAACCACACGGAAAGUACCUUUACCCCCGCCUCCCACCCUGUUUCUUUGCGACGAUUAUGAGUAAUUUUUCAUCUAAAUGGGAAUUAAUGAACAUCCUAGCAGUCGGCAUCAUAAUGACAGCAGACAUUGUACAGUAAGUGAUGUUCUAUUACGUUUGUUGGGUCUAAUGAAGUCUGCAGCGAGUUAUAAUCAGUGAUGAUGAAAAAAAAGCAAAGUGUGAUGCGUUUUUGAAAUGAAUGCUUUGUGUAUGCUUAAAAUGAUCGAAAUAGGUAAAUAUUCAAUAUUAAGACAUUAUGAAAUAUAUACUUACAUCAUGUAUAUAAAGCCCUAAUGGAGGUGUUUGGAGGUUUUUUAAAAAGGUUUAGAGGCAGACUUGAAAGGCUCCUACAGGCUCUAUUGUAAGCAGACUUUUAUUUACGUUUAAUAUUUAGAAUGCAUGAGGGGGAAAAAAUCCAUCCGUCGUCAUGUCUUUCAUAAUGAUCGUAAACGAUAAGCAACAUUCCAAAAAAAAUGCACUUCCCUUUCAAUUUCAGCAUAGUAAUUGAAAAAGUUGAUUUUUCAUUGUAAUAUUUUUUAUCCGGUGCUGAGUUACACAUGAUUUCAGCCUUUCAAAGCUCCUCUUGAACUUCCAUUUUUUGACCUCGGUAUUUGUCAAAUCCUAGUUACGGCCCUGUCGUGUCGUUAUUCUCAUCAAAUCAUACAAUUGUAUUUUAUCAACAUAUGACUUUUCCCCUUUAUCAUGUCAUUUUUCUAAUUGAUAUAAUACAACUUCCUUUCCCUGUAAUGUCACAAAUUAUUUUGUAAAUUUAGGAAUAUUUCCUAUGGUAUAACUACUUUUAAAAUGAAAUUUUGUCUGACAAUAAUGCUUCUUUUUUCUUGUAAACAAGGUAAUUUUCAUAUAUGUAUCAUUUCCAACUGUUUUCCUGUGAUAUUGAUACCAAGGAUUGAUGAUGUAUGUCAGUACUGCAGUUGCCAUAGCAAGAGGAAUUACGGUAACGCUUGUUUGUUUUCGCAAUGGUGCUGCCACCGUGUGGACGGCAGAAGCAUUGCAUGCUGUCUCAGCAAAACACUCCAGUUUACAGACUUUUGAAGUCCUAUCAGCAGACCUCAGAUCAGCUCAACAAAGUCUUCACUGACACGUCUUGAUAAGGAAAAAUGUCAUUUGCUUAGGUUUACAUUUAAUAUAUAUUUUUGUAGCUUUUCUUUUCUUAUGCAUUUACGUUUUCCUCUUUAAUGAACAUUUUGCACUCUAAAGGGAUGAUGGGUGUUGUGGUUUGAAGAGUAAUACUUUUUGAAGGCUUGAGAUUGCACUAAUGAAAACAUUCCAUCAGUGUUGCAUGAUCAGCAUCAGGCAAAGGAAAUCACCACUAAUUGUGUUGUUUGUGUGUAUGUACCGACAUCAACAAGUACAGUAUGUUCCAUUGUAAUUAGACUUCCUUUUUAUUGUCAUUCAAAUGUCAUGUGACUCACAGCAAACAUACAAAUAAAAGCAUGGGAUCUUUAAUAA